UUAUCUGGUUUAUUCAAAAAUGGCGGCACUCAAGUACAUUGUACGAACAACAAGUGCCAUUCAAAAUAUUACAAAAACAUUAAAUAAUUUGUCAUUAUUAUCUCCUCAUAGUUCAAAAAUAACAACUUAUGACAUUACAAAACGAUUUACUUCUACGAAACCUGCGGUUCAAGAAAAAAAAACAGAAGAUGCAAAGGAAGAAAUCAAACCCCCAACCGGGUUAAUGGAAUUUUUUGAUGAUCCAAAAAAUUGGAUGAAAAAGCGUAUACGAGUAGGACGUGCAUGGAAUAAGGAUGAAUUACGACUUAAAAGUAAUGAAGAUCUUCAUAAAUUAUGGUACAUACUUUUAAAAGAAAGAAACAUGUUGUUAACCAUGGAGCAUGCUCAUAAAAAAGAAUUUGAAUUUUUUCCAAAUCCAGAACGGAAAGAUAAGGUAGAAAUAAGUAUGGAAAAUUUGGAGGAGGUUGUUAGAGAAAGAAAUCGAGCAUAUUAUGAACUUGAAACUGGAGAACAUGGUGAACGAGAAACAGUGUUUGCCAGAAACGUAUUAGGAUUAAUGGAGGAAUAUUCGUUGAAACAACAUCAUAUUCCAAAAGAGGUAAACUCAGAGGAGCGAAAUAAGCUUAAAUACCAAGGUGGACCUGAUGUGGCAGAAUUUAUAGGUUUAUUCCGUGAAAAAAUGUUCCUUAAAAAGAGAAAAGAGCAUAGUUUCCGAUGUAGCGAAGUUCGAACCAUUUUACGGAGAUUCCCUAAUGUGGAUGAAGAAGCUUUGAAAGCAAAAUAUCCAGAUGUUGAUAUAGAAAAAAUGAAACGUAUUCGACGAUCAAGGGGACAUUGGGAAAAUACUAUUUAAUAACGUAUACAUUAGAAUAAAACAAAUUCAAUUACAAUAUACAUAAUUACCAAAUAUCCAAAUACUUUUUUUGUAGAGAUGUUUCUGAUAAUACUUUAACAAUAAUUAAAAUGAAUAAUCACUGGAUAAUAUUUUUUAAGAUAAAAAAAAAAUUUACUGGUUCAUUUAAUACUAGUAAAUACGAAUAAAUCAGACAUUGAAGAUAAAAUUACAUUUUAUUGAUCACCUGACUAGCUUGUACAAUCCAUUGGUAAUUCUAUUGUGAUGCAAUUUAGCGACAAUUAAUAAUAUCAAGGGAAAUUGAUUUAUUUGAAAAAAUUACGUGAUUUCGCACUUAUCAA